GCGCCCUCCGAGACUCCGAGUGAGACGCCCCCGAGAACACGUGGAAGGGGGGAAAAACUAAUGGAUCCCUUGCUGGGUUCUUCUUGCCCUGUCGUCUCCGCCUGCGUGCCCGGACACCCGCCCAGAAAGUCCACACCGCCACCGUCCCUCCUCCUCCAGCUCAGCUCAUCCCACCCUCCUGGCCUCCUCUCUAUAAAUUGCCGUUGUCCCGCAGUACUGGCUACUCGGAUAAUUAGCAACCAUCAGUAGCCUUGCUUGCGGAGAGGAAAGGAGAAAGGAGGAGCCGAGCACCAGCCAAGAAGCCCGUACACCUCCCACAUUGUUGGCGACCGGUUGAGACAGAGAGAGAGGCAGCUAGGCAAGAGGUACAAGGAAAUAUCCAGGGCAUCGUCGCAAUGGGUGUUCUGUUCUCAUGCCCCGCCGAUGACUACGACCCGUUGGAGGAAGCGCCGCCAGCGACCUCCUCCGGCGCCGGGGAGCCUGCGAUCCUCAAGGCUCUGGGCUCCGGCAAGCUGCUCAUCGAGGGGUCGCUGAGCUUCAAGAGGAGGCAGCAGGCUACCUCGGGCUCGGGCUCGCUGCAGGUGGAGACCAAGAUCUCCAUCAGGACUGGCGACGCCGCAGCGCCGGAGCCCGCCAGGCCGUUGCCCAUGGAGGUCGCCAGGGCGAGGUUCGCCGACCUCGCGGCGGGGGCGGAGAGCCCGAAGCACGAGGCGGCGGCGCUCAAGCUGCAGAAGGUGUACAAGAGCUUCCGCACGCGCCGGCAGCUCGCCGACUGCGCCGUGCUCGUCGAGCAGAGCUGGUGGAAAUUGCUUGAUUUCGCGUUGCUCAAGCGCAGCUCGGUGUCCUUCUUCGACAUCGAGAAGCAAGAGACCGCCAUGUCCAAGUGGUCAAGGGCAGGAACUAGGGUUGCCAAGGUCGGAAAGGGACUGCUCAAGGAUGAGAAGGCUCAGAAGCUCGCAUUGCAGCAUUGGCUCGAAGCGAUUGACCCGCGACACCGGUACGGUCAUAACCUUCAUUACUACUACGAUUGCUGGCUCCACUGUGAAAGCAAGCAGCCUUUCUUCUACUGGCUUGAUGUCGGAGGAGGCAGAGACAUCAAUCUUGAAGGCAAGUGCUCGAGAUCAAAACUUCUGAGCCAGUGCAUCAAGUACCUUGGUCCAAAAGAAAGAGAGGACUACGAAGUCGUAAUCGAGGACGGCGAGUUCUUGUACAAGAAGACCCGGCAAAUCCUUGACAUGUCUUGCGGACCGCGAGACGCAAAGUGGAUCUUUGUUCUUAGCACAUCAAAGAGCUUAUAUGUUGCUCAGAAGAAAAAGGGCACAUUUCAACAUUCUAGCUUCCUUGCCGGAGGGGCUACUUCUGCUGCUGGGCGAUUGGUUGUUGAGAAUGGAACCCUGAAGGCUAUUUGGCCUCACAGCGGGCACUACCGCCCGACGGAGGAGAAUUUUCAGGAGUUCAAGAGCUUCCUCAAGGACAACUUGGUUGAUCUAACCGAUGUUAAGAUGAGCCCAGCAGAGGAGGACGAGGAGUUCUGGGGUAGUCUCAGAAGAAUCUCUUCAGAGAAUGAUAAAUCUGAAGACAAAAGGGCUGCGCCUGAAGAAACCGGCCCUCGCCAGAUUCCUGAAGUUGUUGACACCGCCGGUACAGAGAGCGAAAAAUGCGAAGAAGAAACGGCAGCGACAAGGAAAGACUCAUCAGAAGAUACUGAGGCCUCAUGUACCAGCAGCAUCCAGUCCCCUGAAGAGGAUCAAGAAAAGGCCGAGCAGGCGCCGGUGCCACGGGAGAAGAUCCUGGAGAGGAUCAACUCCAAGAAGGAGAUGAAGUCCUAUCAGCUAGGCAAGCAGCUCUCCUUCAAGUGGACCACGGGAGCGGGCCCUCGGAUCGGGUGCGUGCGCGACUACCCGUCGGAGCUCCAGCUGCAGGCGCUGGAGCAGGUGAACCUCUCGCCGAGGUGCAGCACCGCCGCCGCCGCCUCCCGUUUCUCGUCGCCGCAGAGGCCAAGCUUCAACCGGCCGGCGGCAAGCGCAUGCGAAGCGUCCACGCCGAGGGAGGCUUUCCGGUCGCCUCUGCAGCAUGGAGCACUUGCAGUGGCAGUGGCAGCUACAGCUGACUGAUACAACUUUCAUGAUGAGCACUUGCAGCUGCAGCAGAAAAUUUCUUGGACUCUUGAAACUACUUGAUGAAUGAAGAUGUGUAUAGUAGGGGCUAGGGAAAUAAAGGAACAUACUGCUUGUGUAGAGAUGUCCGUAGGCCAGGUAGUAUACACAUACGCACUAUUCAUCAAAGGAUGCGAUACUGUUAAAAUGAUGACCACAGACGAUCUAUACAAAUUCUUUCAUUC